AUGGUUGGAUCCACGGAACAGUCGAGCAUCAGUGCUCAUUUCUUUUUAUUUUCUUUUUUUUCCAUGCUCAGCUUCAUGAAAAAUUUUGGAAGCACCGAUGAGAUGGCCAUUAACGUAACCACCGUGGCAGUGGAAAAGCAUAUGACCAUCCAAGGCAGCCCCCCAGGAGCUGUUUCUGAUAUGGCCGAUGUUAAUGAUGAUGUCUUAUACAGAACCAAGGAAAGCACUGUUGAUUCAGAACUCGAGUUUACCCUUCACAAAUUACUUACACAAGAUUGUGACACAGGAGGUGAUCAUGAUCCCUUAGGGUUUGCAAUUGAGAAGGCAAUCGCUGAAAUGGAGUUUCCAGAAUUACUUGGGGACACAAAUCUGGAUGCCAGUACUCCUCAAAUAGAUACCAAAAUGGCAAAGGGACAAGAGCAUCUUACUGUUGAAAGAAUUCUUGCUGAAAACUCUCUUCAACCGGCUAAUCAGUCUAAUAGAAAACGCCCAUUUGUUGCAUCUGACGAUCAAGAAUUGACAAGAAAUAAGAGGAUUAGCAGAGCUUAUGAUACUCUUUCCCCAGAAUCUUUGUCGCCAUUCUCGGACAGCGAGUCUCAAUUUAAGCAUAAAACCAUCACAUCGUCAUCGAAGGCCAACACAAUUACUUCACGUAUAUCCAGCCAUGAGGUUAAGGAGACUCCAUUAGUUGUGGAACCUAAGCAAGGCGUAGUCUCAGCAAUGUCCUUGCCUCCUAAAUUGACAAACGAGUAUACGAUGAGUCAAGUGGCAGAAAUGAAAAAGAGAAUAAUUAACACGCACAAGCUUAUGCUAAACUUUAAUUUCUUGAAAGAUGGCUAUUCAAGAUCUUGCACGGAGUUAAAACGGGCACUCGUCAGGUUAAAACAAAGUGAAUAUCAUAGGGCUCAACUGUUAAUAGAAAACGAGAAAUUAAAGAAACUUGCGUUGAAUUUGAGCCAGAAGUUGGAUGAAAGUGAAUGA